AUGACCACAGACUUCGAGAAGGCCCAAGCUGGGCCGACUUCUGAGAAAGCCAGCUCGGCUGAAGUCGAGAAUGGUGUUGCGGGUGUUGCCCUCGAUGCCGAGAUCAACAAGAAACUCCUGAGGAGGAUUGAUUGGCGUGUGAUGCCAGUACUGUGCUUCACCUACGCCCUCCAGUUCUACGACAAGGCGCUUCUCAGCCAGGCCGCCAUCUUUGGCCUCCGCAAGGACCUCGGCCUCGAAGACGGCCUCAAGUACUCCUGGGCCUCGCUAAUCUUCUACUUCGGCUACAUGGCGGGGACCUACCCCGUCUCUCUGCUCGCCCAAAAAUACUCGACGCGCAUCGUCAUCACCGUCAUCUGCCUCCUCUGGUCCAUCGUCGUGCUCACCACCCCGGCCUGCCGCGACUACAAAGACUUCCUCAUCAACCGCUUCUUCCUCGGCCUCAUCGAAGCCGGCGUCUCGCCCAUCUUCAUGCUGGUCGUCGGGCUCUGGUACACGCACGCGGAGCAGAUCUCGCGGUCCAGCUGGUGGUAUUCCUUCAGCGGCGGCUCGCUGCUGGUCUCGCCGCUCAUCAACUACGGCAUGGGCCACAUCCAGGGCGGCCGCAUGCAGCCGUGGCAGUACAUGUACUUCAUCGCAGGCGGCGUGACCGCCCUCUGGGCCGUCGCCCUAUGGUGGGUGUUCCCGGACACGCCGCAGAAUGCCAAGGGCUUCUCAGAGGAGGAGCGCGCCCUGCUGAUGGAGCGCGUCGCCGAGGCCAUGAAGGACUACCAGAUGUGGGGGAUUUGUGUGCUGUCGAUCGUGUCGACGACGGGGUCGGGGGCUGUUACCGUGUUUGCGCCCAUUGUGUUCAACGGCAUGGGGUUCACUAUCUUUGAGUCGCUGCUGCUGAACCUGCCGAUUGGUGCCCUGGCGUUUAUUUGCAUUCUCGGGUCUGGGUACCUCGGCCGGUUUGUGCCAAACUCGCGGUUUCACAUCAUCUCGGGGUCGUGUCUCCCGGUUAUCUUGGGGUGCGCCUUGCUCUGGCAACUUCCCUCUUCCAACACGGCCGGUCGUAUCGUCGGGUACUACCUGAUCAACUUCUUCUCUUCGGCGUGGGUGCAGUGCAUCGGCCUCGGCACGUCCAACGUGGCCGGCCACACCAAGAAAGCCGUUUAUGCGGCCGCGACCUUCAUUGCAUACUCGAUCGGUAACAUUAUCGGGCCCCUCAUGUUUGAUGCAUCGUAUGCCCCCCGCUAUGACAAGAGUUUCACCGGCGUUAUGAUCUGCUUCGUCGUCUGCUUCUUCUGCUCCGAAAUCCUUCGGUUCUUCCUCGUGAGGGAGAACAAGAACCGUGAGGCGCAGUAUGGUCCACCUGAUGAUGCCCAAGGGUUGGAGGACUUUACGGAUAGGGAGAAUAAGUCGUUUAGAUACCACCUGUAA